CAGACUCAGAGGCCCAGUUAUAGUGGUCAGUUCAUCUCGAUACUUCAAAACUCCUAAGAACUUCAUAAAUCCAGUGUGUGGGUCUUCCAGUGAGUUGGAGAGGAUUGAGGAACCAUGGAACAGUUUGAAACCUUGAUAUGGACUGUACCUAUUAUAUUGGUGCUUGUAAGCAUUGGAUCCUGUAUUGCAUGUGGUAGAGCCGAGUACAGAAUAGGGGAUGAAUGUUGUCCCAUGUGUUCACCAGGAAAUCAUGUACAUAAGCAUUGUACUGAAUUCACCAGCACCAGCUGUGUGCCCUGUGUUGAUUCUACAUUCCUUGAUGAGCCCAAUGGUCUCAUAAAAUGCAAAGUGUGUACCAACUGUGAUCCAGGUUUGGGUUUGAAGGUAAAGCAGCCAUGUAGACCUUCAUCAGACACUGUCUGUGGGACACUGGAGGGGUUCUACUGUCUAGACCCAACUAAGGAUGGUUGUAGAGCAGCCCAGAGACACAGCAGCUGUAAACCUGGUCAAUACAUCAGCCACACAGGAACAACAUCUACAGAUACUGUGUGUGUUGACUGCCCUGGUAAAACGUAUUCAGAUGGAUCAUUAACAUCUUGUCAACCACACACAGAAUGUGAAUUCUUGGAAAUUGAACCAGGAACUCCUUGGUCGGAUUCAGAAUGCGGAGUAAACUCACAUCCCACAGCUGGAAUCAUAGCUGGUGUUCUGCUAGGUUUCCUGAUAGGCAUCAUAGCUGGUGUUUGUUUAUUUAUAGUGAGAAAAAGAGAAAUGGUGAGAAGAGAAAACUUAGGCCCUCAAAUACUGACACAGACAUCCCCAGAUCAGGAUAUACCAAUGCUGUCUGAGGGAACUGGAAAAGAUUCAAGCCCCCAUCACAGUCAGGGACUCAACAUUCUGUAAGCUGUGGUCCGCUUGUGACACUCUGGCUCCGGGACUUUUGUAUUUGAGCCAGGGUGUAUU